AUGCCUCGAGAUCCGUUAAUCGGUCUGGUCGGUAAGCCCUCGAGUGGUAAAUCCACCACCUUGAACAGCUUGACCGAUGCCAGCUCCAAAGUCGGCAAUUUCCCUUUCACCACCAUAGAUCCCCAGCGUGCCAUCGGGUACCUACAAAUCGAAUGCGCUUGCGCGCGACACAAUCUCUCGGACAGAUGCAAGCCAAACUACGGCGCGUGCAUCAACGGCAGACGCUCCGUUCCCAUCGAACUUCUCGACGUAGCAGGACUCGUUCCCGGCGCACAUGAGGGGAAAGGAUUGGGCAACAAGUUCCUCGACGAUCUACGACAUGCAGAUGCGCUCGUCCACGUAGUCGAUGUGAGCGGGACAACAGAUGCAGAAGGCAAGGCCACGAGAGGGUAUGAUCCCUCGCAGGACAUUGUGUGGCUGAGAUCCGAGAUUGUGCAAUGGAUAAGAGGAAAUCUGAUGGCGAAAUGGGGAUCUAUUAAAAGACGGCACAUAGCAGUCAAAGCCACGGCAGUGGAGACGCUGCAAGGGCAAUUCUCAGGAUACGGAUCAACAGCCACAGUAGUCGCCAGAACACUGGACAAGCUGGGGUUGAAAGAGCCGUUGGAGCAUUGGUCCGAUGAGACGGUUGACAAGGUAGUCAAUGCCUUCACAGACGAGAAGUUCCCUACAGUAAUAGCCCUCAAUAAGAUCGACCACGCAGACGCGGACAAGAACAUCAGCAAGAUCGCCAAAAUGCAAGACCCUCAAUCUAUCGUGCUCUGUUCCGCUAUCUCCGAGGUAUUUCUCCGGAAACUGGCCAAGCAGGGUUUCGUGAAGUACACGGAAGGCAGCGAGUUUGUGGACACGCGAGAAGAUCUGAUCGCGGAUGGAGACCCCUCGGGUGGCGGACUGAAGGAGCUUGACGAGAAACUCAAGAACCGCAUAGAGAACCUCAAGGAUAUGGUUCUCUACCGAUUCGGGUCGACGGGUGUGGUGCAGGUGUUGUCUAGGGCUGCCGAACUCCUUGGUCUCGUUCCGGUAUUCCCCGUAAGGAACAUUUCGAGCUUCGGAUCUGGCGCUUCUGGUUCCAACGCUGUUUUCAGAGACUGCGUAUUGGUUAAGAAGAAUACCACCGUUGCAGAAUGUGCUCGCAAAGUUAUUGGAGACGCGCCGUUGGCUUACGUGGAAGGAGCUGGUGGAGUCAGAGUUGCAGAGGAUGAUAUUGUUAUGGUUGGCAAAAACGAUAUCCUCUCUUUCAAAGUGGGCAGAGCAUGA